GUUUAAUGAAGGUAAAGAAGUAGUGGACGCAAAAUAAGAAAAAGGAAAACACAAUGUCUCAAAAAGUUGCUUAUUUUCUUGACCCAGAUGUUGGAAAUUUCCAUUAUGGCCCUGGCCAUCCAAUGAAGCCUCAUCGUAUAGCCCUUACACACUGCUUGGUGUUGCAUUAUGGCAUCUACAAAAAAAUGGAGAUUUACAGACCUUACCGAGCCUCUGGCCAUGACAUGUGCCGUUUCCAUGCAGAUGACUACAUAGACUUUCUCCAGAGGGUGACACCUCAGAAUCACCAACAGUUUACAAAGCAGCUUGGCAUGUUCAAUGUGGGGGAUGAUUGCCCUGUGUUUGAUGGCCUUUUUGACUUCUGUUCUAUGUACACUGGUGCAUCUCUGGAAGGUGCUAUCAAGCUCAACAACAACCAUUGUGAUAUUGCUGUAAAUUGGUCUGGUGGACUCCAUCAUGCCAAGAAAUUUGAGGCAUCUGGAUUCUGUUAUGUGAAUGAUAUUGUUAUAUCUAUCCUGGAACUUCUCAAGUUUCAUCCUCGUGUUCUAUAUAUAGAUAUAGAUAUUCACCAUGGUGAUGGUGUACAGGAAGCAUUCUACCUCACAGACAGAGUCAUGACUGUGUCCUUCCACAAGUAUGGCAACUUCUUCUUCCCAGGCACAGGUGAUAUGUACGAGAUAGGAGCAGAGAGUGGUCGUCAUUACUCUGUAAAUGUUCCUCUCAAAGAAGGCAUAGACGAUCAAAUGUAUAUGACAAUAUUCCAGGGGGUAAUGAAAUCUGUGAUGGAGUUUUACCGACCUACCUGUGUUGUGUUACAGUGUGGGGCUGAUUCUCUAGGGAGUGACAGACUUGGCUGUUUUAACCUCAGCAUCAAAGGUCACGGAGACUGUGUGAAGGUGAUUCGUGAUUACAAUAUCCCGAUGCUGGUCCUAGGAGGAGGUGGAUACACCAAGAGGAAUGUAGCCAGAUGUUGGACAUAUGAGACCGCUGUCUUACUAGAUGAACAGAUCAGCAAUGAGAUCCCCUAUAAUGAGUACCUCGAGUAUUUUGCUCCAGACUUUGCACUUCACCCAGACAUUUCAACAAAACAAGAAAAUCUCAAUUCAAAACAGUACCUCGACCAUAUUCGCCAAACAGUCCAUGAAAAUCUGCGGAAUCUGAAUAAUUCUCCAAGUGUCCAGAUGCAGGAUGUGCCACCAGAUCUUCUAAGUCUGGAAAACACAGAGGAACUAGACCCGGACAUCAGAAAUCAUCAGGACGCUGUUGAUAAAAGGGUGGAACCACCUAAUGAGUUUUAUGAUGGAGAGAAAGACAAUGAUAAGGAAAACGAUGGCUUCCUGGAAGUUUGAGGCAGAGCACUCUAUAGGACUCAAUGAGUUCUUCAACCUAGUGGCAGUUUGAGGGCCUGUUGUGUUACACCAGUGACUUCUGUGGCCAUUGUAUCUCUCCAAAAGGUCGCGAGAGACACACAACUACCGGCUGGACCGAAGUUAACCAGACCUCGCGAUAUGGAGAUGUUCAUCUUUGGCACACACAGUGUUGCAACAACUCAAAUUAAACAUUUGAUACUGCUCACAGAUGACACAUGCUAGAAAUAUGCCUGGGGUAUAAAGACAGUGCUGGCGCUCCUCACUGAAAGUAAAGGCAGCAUAAUUACGUCACAUGUUGAUAUCAGAUUCUUCUGUCAUUGAUCACAGAGGUGUUGGUACCUGUUAUGGAUUAUAGAUGUAGUAAAUGUGUAAGUGACAAUUUGUAAGAGUGCCAUAUGUUUAACUGUUUGGUGACCAGUCCAACAUCAGUUUACACAGUAUUGUUUGUGACCAAGUGUUCUGUGUUGUUCAGUGAUAGAUCCUUUCUGUGUCUGUAGAGUAAACAUGUUGUUUACAGCUGUUGGUAUAACUCAACAAAGAAUUGUGUGGAAGUAAAACCAAGAAAUGCUGUUCUCUGUAAAAUUUCCGGAAAAUAAGUAGAUAUGGGGUCCAUGUAUCUGUUUAUUUACACUUAACUAGAAUUAUUCCCUCCAUAACUGGAAGCAUAUUACAAAUGACCUUAUUUAGGCUUCAUUAACUUGUUAAAUUGGAAAAAAAAGCUCUUUUAUAUAUCAAAUUAAAAGUUGUUUUGAUCAUAAUAGGGUAACUAAAGUGCUAUAAAUAGGUUAUACUUCAAUAAAUGAUACACCAAGAGUUGCUCUAAUGAAUUCAUGCUCGGGAUGCUGAAUUUUACCUAAAAUUUAAUCCUUGGGUUUUUGCUAACAUAAAGUGUUGAGUAUACUACAUCGUAACUUGAAUGCCAUGCCAAGUGUUGAGUAUACUACAUCAUAACUUGAAUGCCAUGCCAAGUGUUGAGUAUACUACAUUGUAACUUGAAUGUCAUGCCAAGUGUUGAGUAUACUACAUUGUAACUUGAAUGUCAUGCCAAGUGUUGAGUAUACUACAUUGUAACUUGAAUGUCAUGCCAAGUGUUGAGUAUACUACAUCGUAACUUGGAAUGCCAUGCCAAGUGUUGAGUAUACUACAUCGUAACUUGAAUGUCAUGCCAAGUGUUGAGUAUACUACAUCGUAACUUGGAAUGCCAUGCCAAGUGUUGAGUAUACUACAUCGUAACUUGGAAUGCCAUGCCAAGUGUUGAGUAUACUACAUUGUAACUUGAAUGCCAUGCCAAGGGUUGAGUAUACUACAUUGUAACUUGAAUGUCAUGCCAAGUGUUGAGUAUACUACAUCAUAACUUGAAUGCCAUGCCAAGUGUUGAGUAUACUACAUCAUAACUUGAAUGCCAUGCCAAGUGUUGAGUAUACUACAUUGUAACUUGAAUGCCAUGCCAAGUGUUGAGUAUACUACAUCAUAACUUGAAUGCCAUGCCAAGUGUUGAGUAUACUACAUCAUAACUUGAAUGCCAUGCCAAGUGUUGAGUAUACUACAUUGUAACUUGAAUGCCCUGCCAAGUGUUGAGUAUACUACAUCGUAACUUGGAAUGCCAUGCCAAGUGUUGAGUAUACUACAUUGUAACUUGAAUGCCCUGCCAAGUGUUGAGUAUACUACAUUGUAACUUGAAUGCCCUGCCAAGUGUUGAGUAUACUACAUCGUAACUUGGAAUGCCAUGCCAAGUGUUGAGUAUACUACAUUGUAACUUGGAAUGCCAUGCCAAGUGUUGAGUAUACUACAUUGUAACUUGGAAUGCCAUGCCAAGUGUUGAGUAUACUACAUUGUAACUUGGAAUGCCAUGCCAAGUGUUGAGUAUACUAUAUUGUAACUUGAAUGCCAUGCCAAGUGUUGAGUAUACUACAUCGUAACUUGGAAUGUCAUGCCAAGUGUUGAGUAUACUACAUUGUAACUUGGAAUGCCAUGCCAAGUGUUGAGUAUACUACAUCGUAACUUGGAAUGCCAUGCCAAGUGUUGAGUAUACUACAUCGUAACUUGGAAUGUCAUGCCAAGUGUUGAGUAUACUACAUCGUAACUUGGAAUGUCAUGCCAAGUGUUGAGUAUACUACAUUGUAACUUGGAAUGCCAUGCCAAGUGUUGAGUAUACUACAUCGUAACUUGAAUGCCAUGCCAAGGGUUGAGUAUACUACAUUGUAAUUUGAAUUCAAUGCCAAGUGUUGAGUAUACUACAUCGUAACUUGAAUGCCAUGCCAAGUGUUGAGUAUACUACAUCGUAACUUGAAUGCCAUGCCAAGUGUUGAGUAUACUAUAUUGUAACUUGAAUGUCAUGCCAAGUGUUGAGUAUACUACAUUGUAACUUGGAAUGCCAUGCCAAGUGUUGAGUAUACUACAUCGUAACUUGAAUGUCAUGCCAAGUGUUGAGUAUACUACAUUGUAAUUUGAAUUCAAUGCCAAGUGUUGAGUAUACUACAUCGUAACUUGAAUGCCAUGCCAAGUGUUGAGUAUACUACAUCGUAACUUGAAUGCCAUGCCAAGUGUUGAGUAUACUAUAUUGUAACUUGAAUGUCAUGCCAAGUGUUGAGUAUACUACAUUGUAACUUGGAAUGCCAUGCCAAGUGUUGAGUAUACUACAUCAUAACUUGAAUGUCAUGCCAAGUGUUGAGUAUACUACAUUGUAACUUGGAAUGCCAUGUCAAGUGUUGAGUAUACUACAUCAUAACUUGAAUGUCAUGCCAAGUGUUGAGUAUACUACAUUGUAACUUGAAUGCCAUGCCAAGUGUUGAGUAUACUAUAUUGUAACUUGAAUGCCAUGCCAAGUGUUGAGUAUACUACAUCAUAACUUGAAUGCCAUGCCAAGUGUUGAGUAUACUAUAUUGUAACUUGAAUGCCAUGCCAAGUGUUGAGUAUACUACAUCAUAACUUGAAUGCCAUGCCAAGUGUUGAGUAUACUAUAUUGUAACUUGAAUGCCAUGCCAAGUGUUGAGUAUACUACAUCAUAACUUGAAUGCCAUGCCAAGUGUUGAGUAUACUAUAUUGUAACUUGAAUGCCAUGCCAAGUGUUGAGUAUACUACAUCAUAACUUGAAUGCCAUGCCAAGUGUUGAGUAUACUACAUCGUAACUUGGAAUGCCAUGCCAAGUGUUGAGUAUACUACAUCGUAACUUGGAAUGCCAUGCCAAGUGUUGAGUAUACUACAUCGUAACUUGGAAUGCCAUGCCAAGUGUUGAGUAUACUACAUCGUAACUUGGAAUGUCAUGCCAAGUGUUGAGUAUACUACAUUGUAACUUGGAAUGCCAUGCCAAGUGUUGAGUAUACUACAUUGUAACUUGGAAUGCCAUGCCAAGUGUUGAGUAUACUACAUCGUAACUUGGAAUGCCAUGCCAAGUGUUGAGUAUACUACAUCGUAACUUGAAUGUCAUGCCAAGGGUUGAGUAUACUACAUUGUAACUUGGAAUGCCAUGCCAAGUGUUGAGUAUACUACAUUGUAACUUGAAUGUCAUGCCAAGUGUUGAGUAUACUAUAUUGUAACUUGAAUGCCAUGCCAAGUGUUGAGUAUACUACAUUGUAACUUGGAAUGCCAUGCCAAGUGUUGAGUAUACUACAUCAUAACUUGGAAUGCCAUACCAAGUGUUGAGUAUACUACAUUGUAACUUGGAAUGCCAUACCAAGUGUUGAGUAUACUACAUUGUAACUUGAAUGCCAUGCCAAGUGUUGAGUAUACUACAUUGUAACUUGAAUGCCAUGCCAAGUGUUGAGUAUACUAUAUUGUAACUUGAAUGCCAUGCCAAGUGUUGAGUAUACUACAUUGUAACUUGGAAUGCCAUGCCAAGUGUUGAGUAUACUACAUCAUAACUUGAAUGUCAUGCCAAGGGUUGAGUAUACUACAUUGUAACUUGGAAUGCCAUGCCAAGUGUUGAGUAUACUAUAUUGUAACUUGAAUGUCAUGCCAAGUGUUGAGUAUACUAUAUUGUAACUUGAAUGCCAUGCCAAGUGUUGAGUAUACUACAUCAUAACUUGAAUGUCAUGCCAAGUGUUGAGUAUACUAUAUUGUAACUUGAAUGUCAUGCCAGGUGUUGAGUAUACUACAUUGUAAUUUGGAAUGCCAUACCAAGUGUUGAGUAUACUACAUCGUAACUUGAAUGCCAUGCCAAGGGUUGAGUAUACUACAUUGUAAUUUGAAUUCAAUGCCAAGUGUUGAGUAUACUACAUCGUAACUUGAAUGCCAUGCCAAGUGUUGAGUAUACUACAUCGUAACUUGAAUGCCAUGCCAAGUGUUGAGUAUACUACAUCGUAACUUGAAUGUCAUGCCAAGUGUUGAGUAUACUACAUUGUAACUUGGAAUGCCAUGCCAAGUGUUGAGUAUACUACAUCAUAACUUGAAUGUCAUGCCAAGUGUUGAGUAUACUACAUUGUAACUUGAAUGCCAUGCCAAGUGUUGAGUAUACUAUAUUGUAACUUGAAUGCCAUGCCAAGUGUUGAGUAUACUACAUCAUAACUUGAAUGCCAUGCCAAGUGUUGAGUAUACUAUAUUGUAACUUGAAUGCCAUGCCAAGUGUUGAGUAUACUACAUCAUAACUUGAAUGCCAUGCCAAGUGUUGAGUAUACUAUAUUGUAACUUGAAUGCCAUGCCAAGUGUUGAGUAUACUACAUCAUAACUUGAAUGCCAUGCCAAGUGUUGAGUAUACUAUAUUGUAACUUGAAUGCCAUGCCAAGUGUUGAGUAUACUACAUCAUAACUUGAAUGCCAUGCCAAGUGUUGAGUAUACUACAUUGUAACUUGGAAUGCCAUGCCAAGUGUUGAGUAUACUACAUUGUAACUUGGAAUGCCAUGCCAAGGGUUGAGUAUACUAUAUUGUAACUUGAAUGCCAUGCCAAGUGUUGAGUAUACUACAUCAUAACUUGAAUGUCAUGCCAAGGGUUGAGUAUACUACAUCGUAACUUGGAAUGCCAUGCCAAGGGUUGAGUUUACUACAUCGUAACUUGAAUGUCAUGCCAAGGGUUGAGUAUACUACAUCAUAACUUGAAUGUCAUGCCAAGUGUUGAGUAUACUACAUUGUAACUUGGAAUGCCAUGCCAAGUGUUGAGUAUACUAUAUUGUAACUUGAAUGCCAUGCCAAGUGUUGAGUAUACUACAUCAUAACUUGAAUGCCAUGCCAAGGGUUGAGUAUACUACAUCGUAACUUGGAAUGCCAUGCCAAGGGUUGAGUUUACUACAUCGUAACUUGAAUGUCAUGCCAAGGGUUGAGUAUACUACAUCAUAACUUGAAUGUCAUGCCAAGUGUUGAGUAUACUACAUUGUAACUUGGAAUGCCAUGCCAAGUGUUGAGUAUACUAUAUUGUAACUUGAAUGUCAUGCCAAGUGUUGAGUAUACUACAUCAUAACUUGAAUGUCAUGCCAAGUGUUGAGUAUACUACAUUGUAACUUGGAAUGCCAUGCCAAGUGUUGAGUAUACUAUAUUGUAACUUGAAUGCCAUGCCAAGUGUUGAGUAUACUACAUCAUAACUUGAAUGUCAUGCCAAGUGUUGAGUAUACUACAUUGUAACUUGAAUGCCAUGCCAAGUGUUGAGUAUACUACAUUGUAACUUGGAAUGCCAUACCAAGUGUUGAGUAUACUACAUCAUAACUUGAAUUCAAUGCCAAGUGUUGAGUAUACUACAAUGUAACAUGGAAUGCCAUGCCAAGUGUUGAGUAUACUACAUCGUAACUUGAAUUCAAUGCCAAGUGUUGAGUAUACUACAUCAUAACUUGAAUGUCAUGCCAGGUGUUGAGUAUACUACAUUGUAACUUGAAUGCCAUGCCAAGUGUUGAGUAUACUACAUCGUAACUUGAAUGUCAUGCCAGGUGUUGAGUAUACUACAUUGUAACUUGAAUGCCAUGCCAAGUGUUGAGUAUACUACAUUGUAACUUGAAUGCCAUGCCAAGUGUUGAGUAUACUACAUCGUAACUUGAAUGUCAUGCCAGGUGUUGAGUAUACUACAUUGUAACUUGAAUGUCAUGCCAAGUGUUGAGUAUAAUUUCUUAUAAUUUGGAAUCUCAGCCAAGCAGCUGUAUGUAGGAUGAUAAAACAGUUAAGUUUCUGUUAUUAAAGUGAAGAAGUGAUUUUGUUCCAUGGGUUUAAGUGAAGAAGUAAUUUUGUUCCAUGGGUUUUAUCAUAUCUUUGUAAUUUUGGGGAAAAAGAAGAUUCCCAGUUAAAACUAUUUCGGGGGAAUAGUUCUCAAUUGAUUUUUUAAGGAAGAUUUUUGUUGUCAAUGUAUUGGAGGCCUACUGUGUCUUGCAUUAUUUGUUGUUCAGAUAUCUUAAGAUAUUUGAGGUGUUUCAGUAUAAGAUGCUAUAUAGGUAUUUUUGGAGAUGAUGGGUAAAAUGUCCAUACAACAUACAUAAAAAUGUACACAAACUCUUAACUCUGGAGUCUAGACUUUAUCCUUAGGACAUUGCAUUGUUUCAUUUUAACAUGAUCUCUUGUGGAUGAUUUUAAUAAAAAGUUUACCAUUAUUA